UGAGUCCGUGUUGAGCUGUAAAAAGCCCCACUCUUCUUCCAGUCUUGGCACCGGAGCGCGGCGCACCACGACGGAGCAAAGCGGGACCAGGAGCGCGCCAUGAACACCUCACAUUAUUUAGACAAUAUUUCUGACUAAGUAAGGAGCCUGUUUUCCAGCCUCCACAAUGAUCGCCACCGGUGGCCUGCUGCGCAUGAACAGGCGGCAGGAUUCUCUCCGCUCCAAAAAUCGUGCUGAAAACAAGAGAAAACGGAAAUCCAAAAAGAAGAAGAAGAACGAUGUGGUGAUUGUGAAAGGAAAACUCAAUCUCUGCUCACCAGCUGGUUUGGUGGCUGCUGUUGGAGUCGUAAUCCUCAUGGUUGGGAUUUCCAUGGCCGUGCUGGGUUACUGGCCCAGCCAGAGUCAGCAACAGUACCAGGAACGUCGCAGGACUGGUGCAUUCUAUAACAGCAAGAUGAGCUACUCCAGAAGCCCGCAGUCUAACUUGACCCAUGAAAAUCAUUCAACCCGGCAAACAACCAUGUCGAACCACAGCCAUUCCAACAGCAGUGUCCCGAAGCCCGCUCACCACUGUGGCAUCCUCUGUGACUUCCUGGAUAAUUACCUUUACUCAGACAAUCUGAAAGUCUUCGGACCCCUGGUAAUGGGGAUCGGUAUUUUCCUCUUCAUCUGUGCCAACGCCGUCCUCCAUGAAAACCGAGAUAAGAAAACCAAAAUCAUUAAUUUGAGAGACAUCUAUUCCACAGUGAUUGAUCUGCAUAGCAUACGCUCUAAGGAGUACUCACCUCUGAACGGCCUGGUGAACUACACUCAGUCGAGAAGCGCCGAGGGCCCGUCUGCUUCAUUCCCUGCAAGUGGGGCCCACACUCGUAGCUCCUGGCCUUCCACCGGACUCCACCUGAAGGGGGAGUUAGACACUAAUGAGAUGUUUAGACGCUCCUCACUGGCCGGCAGGCCACGUAGUUUUUCCAGAGAUGUGCAGAGCUUUACAGAUACUGUCUACAGCAUCUAUAAGGACUACAGCAGCAGUAGCGAGCAGGCCCCACAGCCUCGGGAGUGGGAGACCACCUCCAUCGUCACCUCCUCUGUGAACGCAUUCACGCUCCCAGUGAUCAAACUAAAUAACUGUGAGGUAGAGGAGUCAGAGAGACCGGAGGCAGAGGGGCGCUCAGAGAAGGAGGUUAUUAUUGAGGCUGCUGCCCAGAACAUCAGGGAGGAAGGACAUGGCGGCAGCAGCCAUUGUGUGGAGAUGGACGGUAUGCAAAGGGAAUCAGCAGAGACGAACACCCCACCUCCCCAUCAGAGUCAGGAGGACAUAAGCAUAGAGACAGGUAAUCAACAGGGGGCGCAGCAGUCUCAGCCUCAUGCACAUUGGACCCAGCUGUUUCCUCCAGAGCCUGUUUCCACGGCAACAAGCUCAAAUACGUCGCUGAACUCUUUUGCAGAGCAGCCAAGGCUGGUCCGUCGCUGCAGCCUGUCUGUGUCUGGGGGACGUCAAAGUGACAGAGCGAGGCGUUUCAGCUGCCCCCGACUGGAACGCUCAAACAGCAAGGGCUACAUCAAACUGAGCGACCUCGGAGGCGAGUCCUUCGAAGCCCCUGACACGCACACCUCUUCUGUGGCUGCUGAUCAGGCAGCGGAAAUGGAUGCAACAGCAGUGAAAGAGGAAGGAGCUCAGGGAGGGGAAGAUUCAGUGAUAGCCAGCACUUCAGCAACACAACCCUAGGUGUUUCUUUUUCAGCUCACAGGCCUCCAAAAUGUCUCUGUGGUGUUGUUCUUUUGCUUCGUUCCUUCUUCUGCAGUAAGUGACGAGUAUGUAAUGAUUACAGAGAAAAUCACACACAAACACUUAACUGCUAAGGACUAUUGAAACAUAGCCAUGGACACUAGAGGGUGACACUCUUUAUUAAAACAACACCCACUGCUCAAUGUUCAGAUGUAACUUUUCUAUUUUUUUUUCAAUGUAGCAAGAGCAAUAUUAAAGACUUUAAAGGAGUUUUAGUAAAGAUUUGUAAAAAAAAAAAAAAAAAAAUUUGAAAGAAGGAAAAAAGUAAAUAAAAACUUAUGUUAUGACUCACCUUUUGUAUAACAUAGGGCCGACAUUGUAGCUUGUAAAGUUACCAAAACUGUCUCUGAGAACUGCUGUCUAACAUGUUUUAUUGUAGCAUCAACGUGUACCACAGAAUACUGAAAUAGUCUAGGUUUGUUUCUCUGCAUCGUUCUGUGAGUUCCACGUGAAUUGGUGAUAUUAACUGAAUCUCAGGUAGACGUUUGGUUUAGCGUUGAGACCUUUCACCAUGAGGUCUUCCCUUUGUGCACACCUGUUUACAUGAAACAUACAUGGUUGAAUAAAUCUAAAUAUAACUCCUCCGGUGGAUCCUUGUGUGAUAUUAAACAACAUGCAGCAAUGGCAGAACAAGUUAUUUGGUCAAAUGUUCGUUUUUUGUUUUAUUUAUCAUGAGGGAAAGCAGUCAGCAUCUGCAGUGGGCAGGAGGAGGCAGAUGGAUCUUAGGCUCAGGCUGCACUACUGUAAAUCUUCUGGAUGAGGAUUUUUUUUUUCUCUGAGUUGACUAGCAUACAUAGUCCCUGCUAUAAAUAUUCUGUAUUAAAAAUAGAAAAAACAUCACAUUUUUUUAAAUUGAAAGGCAUAAGAAAAAUAUCCUGGAAUUUUCUCCGAAGUACUUUAGGUACCUCUUCAGUUUUCAUUUGAGGUUUAAUGGUUACAGAGUAAGUACUCUGCUACAGUAUGAUACAACCAAAAGACACAAAUGGCUUUUGUUGUGAUUUCUAGUGUUCAAUGGUGAAAGUGGACAAUCACAAAAUAGCCUUUCAGGUAAUAUCUGGAACUCCUGUCAAGAUGUAUACGCCUACAAAUGUAUUAAAAAUAAAAUACAUAAAGAAUC